AUGGCGGGAGGGACAGAGACCGGGCGGGACGCGCCGGGCAGCGCCUCUGACCCCCUUCGUCCCGGUGACCGCCGGCCGCCUCCGCACCAAGAUGGCGGAGAGGAACGAUCGCGAGAGUGGCGCGAGUUCUCGCGAGAGUUGCGCGGGAGCUUUCGCAGGAGGUGGGGAGGCAGCGCGGAGUUCUCGCGAGAGUUACGCGGCUGCACCGGCUCGCUCUCCAGAGAGAAGGAAGCUCCUCCUCAGGAGUUCUCGCGAGAGUCACUGGAGUUCUCGCGAGAGCGGCGCGCGGGCGGAAGCACGUGGGGCGCCGCGGGCCCCGCUCCCGCCGUUCGCGCCGCCGCUGCUGCCGCCAUGGAGGAGCCUCCGGCCGAGCAGCCCCCGGCCGGCCCUGAGUGGAACAUCCCUCCCAACGCUCCCGCCUGCAUGGAACGGUUCCUAGAGGGCGUUCACUACCGCGCAGACGGGACGCUGCUGCUGGGCGCCUCGGGGCUGACCGGGCGCUGCUGGGCCGGUUCCCUCUGGGUGUUCGCCGAUCCCCGCCGCGCCCCCAGCGAAGGCUUCUGCAUCGCCGGUGUCCAGACCGAGGCGGGCGUCGCCGACCUGCGCUGGGUGGCGGACAGGGGCAUCCUGGUGGCCUCCGAUUCCGGCGCCGUGGAGCUGUGGGAGCUGGAGGAGAAUGAAACCCUCAUUGUCAACAAGUUCUGUAAAUAUGAACACGAUGACAUCGUGAUGACGGUUGCUGUCCUGGCUGGCAACAACCAGGCUGUUAGUGGCGGCAGGGACUUCUGUGUGAAAGUCUGGGACCUCCCACAACAAACGGUGCUUCGCUCCUACAGAGCUCACUCCAGUUCAGUGUCAUGCGUGGCUUCCUGUCCUGGUAAGGACACCGUGUUCCUGUCCUGUGCUGAGGACAGCAGAACGUUACUCUGGGACACCAGAUGCCCCAAGCCGGCUACUCGGAUCGUUUGCAGUGCCUGUAAUCACCUCCCUACCUCAGUCAUGUGGCAUCCACAGAAAAGCGAAGUCUUUGCUUUGGGUGAUGAGAACGGAACAGUUGCACUAGUCGACACGAGGAAUCCUGAUUCUGCUCUCAGCUCCCGUGUGCACAUCCGGAGAAUCACAGGGUUUGCAUUUUCUGCACACAGUUUGCCCCUACUGGCUUCCAUCAGCGAAGACUGUACCGUAGCUGUUCUUGAUGCGAACCUCUCAGAGGUAUUCAGAGACCAUUCCCAUCAAGACUUUGUGAAAGGUUUAUCGUGGUCUCCUUCAGAUGAUGCCCUGCUCACUACAGCUGGAUGGGAUCAUCAGGUUUUACAUCACACUGUCCCCGUACCAACCGGCGAAACUUCUGGAGUCAACUGUGUAAAAGAAUAGUUUUAUAAACACAUUUGUCCAGAUUCCUUCCUGGCAUUCCUUUGAUUCUGGUGGAGUCGAAGGUAUGUGUGAACUGGAGCAGGUAUGGUCUGUUGUCUGCCUGGAAGCUUGUGAUCAAGAAGGUUCCUAUAGUAACUUUGAACUAGGCUUAAGUUAGUUACAAACCAAGCUUUACCCUCUCCUCAGAAGUUGGCUUCACCUCUGAUGAGACUCCAGUAUUUUACUGAGGGAAAAAAAAAAUGACUUUGAGUGACAGAAGAGACUCGGAGGGAGAGGGAUUUAGGUACAGUUAAAAAAAAACCAAAACACCCAAAAGACUCAGUUCCUCCCCAGUUUUCCAUCCACGGAAUUAAUGGGAUCAUUUUUGAGGAGGUUGAACACAAAACCUCUUAUUAGUUGGAUGCAAGAGCCUCCCACCUGAGCAAAGUUCUUUACUAAUUAAUCAGUUCUUCCAAGUGAGUGGGAAGACAGAGUAGAAUUUAAGGACUAGGAGGGUUCUGCUGGUGUCUUUGAUGCAGCACAUGGUUUCAAGGGUCAGUGCCUGCUAUCGUGCAUCCUGCGGUGAGCACUGUUGACGCACUUCUCCCUUAAUGGGUGUGGGAAUAACAGUGCGUGGAGCCUGGCGUGCUGUGCGAGGAUGCUGGCAGUAGCCUUGUGAUAAAACCCCUUCCUGAUCGUGGGGACACGUGCCGAAACACUGGGCCCUGUGAUGCUCAGCAGCUGGAAGGGGCUGUCACUGCACCGCGUGGAAAGCCAAGGGACGUCAGCAGCUGCCACGCUGUUUGACACUGUGUUUCAUCUCCGUUCUGAAGACAACGUACUCCAACAACGUUUGUGAAUAAACGUUUCUGUAAGGGAAAAACUGGACUAAGGACCUCAGUUUUCAUUUCCUUGUUCCUAUCGACGGACUCUGCUUGGUGGUAAAUGAGAUCCUUUAUGCGAUGAGUGACUUUGUGCUGCAGACAGAGGGGAGCAAGCACUCCUUUAAUCUCCAAAACAGACUUCACAUAACCGUUGGAGGUGUUUUUUUGUAAUCUAUCACACAUUUUUAGACUAAACUGUUGCCCUGGAACGUAUUUAACUGAAAAUAAUCCCUGCUCUGCAUGCAUGGCCACUGCUCUAGCUAGGUUUGAUCCAGCCUCCUAUUUCCUAGGCAGAAUAAAGCCAGUCCUAACUCAUGAAACAAAAAAUACUAUUGGAAUGAAUGCUACUCCUGGUACUUUACAUGAUAGCAACGCUAAAAUGUGCGCCACUUCCAGAGGGCUUAUCCCUGCAUAAACAGGUUUUAAUGGAUCCAGAGCCCUCAGUUAGCCCUUAAGCAGAAUAAGCUUUCCCAGGCUCUUAAACUCUUUUUAAACCUUGUUUGCUGCUUUUUUAAUUCCCUUGGCAUAUAGUUGUUCGCAGGGCAAACUGAUCUAGCAUAGUGUAUGACAAGGAGAGGGGAAAUGAUUAUAAAAACUGACAAGUUCCCUCAAAAGCACCCCUUGAACAACCACAAACCUUACCUGCCAGGGGCUUCUGGCGCAGUGAGAGCUGAAACAGGUCUUGUGCUUGUUUGUGGUAAAGGUUAUCUUGGAGAAAAUGGAAGACAGGUUUAAAUAAAUCAUACUUUCCGUUUGUAACUGGGUUUGAGUCUCAGCAGGCCACCUCGGCAGUGGUGAAGAGCCAGCUCAGAUCAUUCACACUGUUAAAGUGAUUAUUUCUGUCCCUGAAAUUAAAGCCGCUGUUAAAAGCUGCACAGCCUUGCUGUUCAGUGCUGGGGUGCGAUGAACCCUCAGCGCCUCGUCAGUGCAAGUCCUGCUUGGUGUAGGGUUUCCAUUGUGCACAACUAGAAGGAAAUGCUUCAAAUGGCAGAUAUUAAACCAUGUAGCAUUCCUCACGUUGCUACCCUGCAAGUAAAGCACAACAGCACGUGGCAAAAACAGAAUGGUAAAGCUCAUAUGGACAACAUGUCACUAUUCAUAGAUGAAUCCUGUUUUUACAGUUGCGUAAAGCCUUCUGGUGUAGCAGCACAAAAAUGUAACUGCUUGAGCGUCUGGCAGCUCUCUGGGUGAAGCUUUGUGUUCCGCCACAGGCGGGCAGCAACUGCCAGCAGAGAGGUGGCGAGGCAGCAUCCGGCCCGCUGCAAUGCAAACAGGGCCGGGGACGCUUCUCUACAUAAACUGUGUGCAGAGUGAACGCUUCAAGAUACCCAUUGCACUCUUCCCUCACAGGGAACCUGGUUCUGCAGCCAGAGACGAAUAAGAGAGAGAAGAAUGCAAAUGUAACAUUGAGGGGCAGAGAGAAACAGCCACUGUGAAGCCAAGGCUGCCUUUUACGUUGUGCUUGCAUUGCUUACACUGCGUUUUCAAUUUUAAGUACAAUGUUCUUGUUAGGACUUGCAAAUAACUAAUGAAAAUAACUAGUUAUAGAAGCAGCAUAGGCUCCUUUAACCAGCGGGGCGUGAGGGGUGUUUCUGGAGCGGUGGGGCCACCUAUUCAUUCCCUGAUCCGGCUUCCAAAAGCUUGAAAUGGCCACAGGGUUUGUAUCCACAAGUGUUGAGCAGGAAUUGGACCAAGCUGAAACAUGGUCUGGUGC